UGCGAAAUUGGGUGCGUUGCGGCUGCCAUGAAACAUCUCACAUGAGCUGCAAAGAGCCUUUAAGGACCCAAACUGCACUUCCCACUGCCUGGGGCCAUGGCAACCACUCUCCAACAAUUCUUCCACUCUCUAGAUCCCAGGACCCUCCCCAGAGUUCUCCAAAUCCAGUCAGGGAUCUACUUCCAAGGUUCCAUUUAUGAGAUGUUUGGAAAUGAAUGUUGUCUGUCAACGGGAGAAGUGAUUAAAGUCACUGGCUUCAAAAUUAAUAAGAUUAUAGCUGAUAUUUGUGAGGAUAAUGAAGACAACCAGGAUUCCCCCAAAGUGGAGCUGCCUCUAAAUUUUCCAGGUCUUUUUAAGAUUGUGGCAGACAGAAAUCCCUAUCUCACUAUGGAAGAAAUCACCAAGGCUGUUUAUAUCGGAUCAAAUCGUCUGGGACAUCCCCGCUUCUACCAUGAGAAAGAUAUAAAGUCAGGGAGCCUCACCAUCAAACGUGGGGAGCAGAUCGUACUUAACUCCAUUGAAGACCUAGAUGGAGAAAUGAUGGUGAACUGUGGAGUGGUAAGGAAUAACCAAAAUCAUUCAUUCACUCUGCCUCUUUCCCAAGAGGGAGCAUUCUAUGAGUGUGAAGAUGACCAGAUAUAUACGCUGAAAGAGAUCGCUGAAUGGAAAAUCCCCAAAAACAGGAAGCGGACUGUGAAAUUUACUGACAUUUCAAGUAUUUGGGACUCAGCAAAUCAGUUGCCCAAGGAUUUUGAUGGUUCACUUCAACUCAUGCCCAUCUAUGAGCUGCAAGCAGUGAUGAAAUUCCGAAAGGAGAUUGUCCAUAUCCUCUCCGAUCUGGAUGUUGAAGUCAAGGAUAUAACUGACAAUUCCGACACUACUUGUUUCCUCCAGCUGUUAUCCACCAAAGACCUUUUUGAACGGACGAGUAAAGAAUUCCCCAUGGUCGCCGAGGUAAUAGAAGGUCCUCCAGGGACCCAGCCACCCAAUAGCUUUUUACAACCAGGGAAGAAAAUUGUGAUUCACAAAAAGUAUCAAGCCACCAGAAUACUAGCCUCUGAGAUCAGAAGCAGUUCCCCCAAAAGACAUUUCUUGAUUCCCCCCAGCUAUAACGGAAGAUUCAAGAGGCGGCCCCGGGAGUUCCCAACGGCCUACGACCUGGAGAUCGCCAAAAGCGACAAGGAGCAGCUUCACGUGGUGGCCACGAAAGACUUUGAUUCUCAACAGGAAGAACUGUCGUGUGUAUCAGUGGGAGACCAGUUCCUCGUUCAUCACUCUAAGGGGAACGAAGUCCUGGGGAAAGGGACCAAGAGAACCCCCGACGCCCUGACCUGUGAACGGAUUCUGAAAACAUCCUACGAGAUGGUGCUGCUGCCCUUAUACUUGGAAGGGGGCUUUAUCGAAGUCAUCCAUGACAAGAAGAGGUACCUCCUCUCGGAGCUAUGCGUUCAGUUCCCCUUGCCCUUCAAUGUCACGGUCUCCGUGAGAGACCUCUCUGUCAAAGAAGACGUGUUGGCGGGAACUCCGGGCUUGAGACUGGAGGAGGAAAUCACAGACUCUUAUCUGCUUGUGAGUGAGUUCGAUCAGCCCAGUGAGUGCUGGGAAAUCCCCGUGGGUCGUUUAAGUAUGUCGGUCCAGCUGGUUGGUAGUUCGGCUGAGGAAACUGAGCCGUCCUCGGUCCGGACUAUGGUGGAGGAGAUCAGCGAAGAGCAGUACUACAUGGUGCGGAGAUAUGAAAAUCCAGUUCUUCAUCCACCUCCUCGUCCGCCCAAAAAGCCCUUAAAUACGGAGACCAAACUUACCAUCCCUUCUGUGUCAAACCAAAGUGGAACAGGACCACCAAAGUCUCCUAAGAACCUCCACAUAGACCCAGCCAAGAAACUACACUCAAAUCAAGCUGCUGCUGUUUCCAAAUUACCAGUUAGUUGUCAAAAUGAUUGGGCACAUUGGGAGAUGGAGAACAGGAUUGGGACAACUCCAUUAGCAGCAACCAGUGUGACUAAAGCAUCAAAAAACCCACUGGUAAAAGAUAACAUGGGAGAGCAACCAGAGGACGCAUCUGACGUUAAACACAUCAAUGAAAAUCUGCUUGACAUUAGGAGAAAGAAGUUCCUGGAAAGCACGUAUCCAAAUAAAACCCCCUCUUGAAGAAGGAGGGACCCUGGGAGAUAAAAAUUUCUGAGAAUGACUACAAUUGAAGAACUGAAAUACUAGGUUGGAAACAAACCUUCCUUUUGCCUUUUCAAAAUCAUCUACAGCUCACAACCAAAAACUCACAACAAUAAAACUCUCCAGAAGAAUCUUGAAUGACCUUCUUAGCAGAGAAAAGGACAUGAACAAGACCUUAGUAGAGAUGCUUGUUUGGAACCAAACUUGUAUGUGCUCUUCAUAGGCUAUGAAUCCUUAUUGUUAAGCUUUAUUGUGAUGUAGGGCCCUAUUUAUUAAAAUUGCAUAUAUAUCUCCUUCCUGGAAUCUUUGCUAAACUAGAUUCAGAAGUGUGUGAGUUUUUAAGGUAAUUGUUUUCUACUAUUUCCUGAUUCCUCCUUAGAACAACCUGAAAUCUACAAAGUCAAGAGAAAACUCAGUGGAAAUCCUCUGAAUAAUGUGUAAUUUUAAAUUGUAUUCUUUGCGAAACAGUUCAAUUUCUAUAAUCACUCCAGUUUUAUAAUCGCUGUCUAGCACAAAAAACAAUAAAGUGGAUAAUUGCUUGAA